AUGCAGCGGGCGCAGCGCACCUUUGGGCGCUUCCUGAAAAGGACGCCCAAUGAGGCCGAUGUUGAGGCCAUGCUCCACGACUUCAACGAUUCGGAAUCUAUGCUCGAGAAGCUCGAGGAAUCCUCGAAGCAAUGGCGCGAUGCCUGGACGAACAUUCUCAACCACCAGCUGGCCGCUGUCGAGUACCUUCACCUCCUCUACAAGCCAUUGGGCGGCGAGGGAAGCGCGGGAGGCUCACAUGUAGCUGUCGAGACGCCACCUGCGACGCUGGAGCGCGUUGCAGCCUUGCAGACGGCCUUCGCGGAGCUGAAGACAGACAUGAUGGAGGAGGUCAAGGACAUUGACCGCAAGUUGAUCAUACCCGCAAAGCUUGCGCGAGACUCACUGAAGCCCAUGAAGAAGGCCAUCAAGAAGCGAGAGGACGCAAAGGUUGACUACGAACGCUACAAGAGCCGCUGCGAAGCCCUGCAAAACAAGAAGACGCGCUCCGACCGCGACAACGUUGCGCUCAGCAAACAUGAGGCUGAUCUCGAGCGCUCGUCGCACGCCUACCAGCUUGCCGACGAGAACCUCCGCGACCGCCUGCCCAAGCUGAACGCAGCAACAUUCUCCAUCCUCCCGCAUCUGCUGGCGAACCAGAUCGUACUGCAGAACAACCUGAUCGGAAACCUGUACACUGUACUGCACCAGUACUCGCAUGAACAGGGCUAUCCUGACCCGCCACCUGAGCCAGAGGAGGUCAUACCCUUAUGGGACUCCAGCUUCACGUCCUUACGGAAGGAGAUGGAGUCCGAGUUUGGCUUGUUGAAGACGGGCAAGGCAGUGCAACAGCCCAUGCGACUGCCUGACAAGGGAGAAACAUUGACUGGUCUCGGCCUCAGAAACAAGGUCAUUCCCGGCCGCGGCGGAAGAGCACCCAGCAGUGAGUCGGUGCCGACGAUCACUCGUACAAAUGCCAGGCCUUCAUCGACACUGCAGUCCCCAGCCGAAAACGGACCACCUCUGAACCUCUCGAGCAAGCCUUCGUACAGCUCACUGAGUGCCACGAAGCCCAGGAUCCCUUCGAGCUCACCGCACCUGGGUACUCCAAGCUUAGAGCAGUUCGGUCGCAGGACAUCAACCGCCUCACACGACUCGUCUUACUCCAACAGCACCAACGGCCACAGUGACUACUUCACUGGCGUCUCCAAGAUUCGGUCCAACGGCUCCAACGGUUCCACGUCACCAAAUCCCGCGGCAGGAAAGAAGAAGCCGCCGCCACCGCCGCCUAAGAAGAUCGGCUCUUUCCAGUCCGAGUACGUUACCGCCAUGUACGAUUUCGACAGUCAUACGGCUGGUGAUUUGUCGUUCAGAGAAGGCGACCGCAUCCGGGUUGUGAAAAAGACAGAGAGCUCUCAGGAUUGGUGGGAGGGCGAAAUUGGAGGCGUCAAGGGAAGCUUCCCAGCAAACUACUGCAAGUGA